AGACAGAGAGAGAGAGAGAGGAGAAGAGAGAGAAAGAAAGAAGAGAGAGCAGGGUGAGAGAGAGUGAGAGAGAGAGAGAGAGAGAGCCGUUUGAGUCCGUUUUUUCAGUUAAUAUAUGAAGGUGAAACCAUGGUGUCCGACCAAGAGAUAGCAAAAGGAGUGGAGUCGGUGCUCCGUCAGUCCGACCCUAACGCCGUCACCUCGCUUAACGGUGUCGUUCAGCAGCUCGAGGCUAAGCUAGGGCUCGACCUCUCCCAGAAGGCCGGCUUCAUUCGCGACCAGAUCAACCUCCUCCUCCGCUCACACCCAACACAACCACAACCGCAACCACAACCACAACCACCACACCCAAAAGACCAUUUUGCCCUCCGAAACCAUCCUCAAUUCCCAUCCAGCCCCCACGCUCAACAAUUCCCUCCCCAUUUUGCCCUCCAGCCCCACCCUCCCCACCGCCCCGUCGACCUCGCCUUCCGGCAGCCCCAGCCGUUUCCGGCACCGGUCCAUCCGCCUCCACCUCUGCCUCCGCCGACCAAGCCCGAGGCUUUCGCUCCAAAUCCCAACCCCGAAACCCCGAAACAAAGUGCUCCAGUGGGUGCGAAAAGAAGAGGUGGUCCUGGGGGUUUAAACAAAGUUUGUGGUGUCUCACCUGAACUUCAGACAAUAGUUGGUGAACCGGCAUUGCCAAGGACUGAGAUUGUGAAGCAGCUGUGGGCAUACAUAAGGAAAAACAACCUCCAAGAUCCAAGCAACAAGAGAAAGAUUAUUUGUGAUGAUGCCCUGCGCGUGGUAUUUGAGACGGACUGUACUGACAUGUUCAAGAUGAAUAAGCUGCUUGCCAAACAUAUUAUCCCACUUGAACCUACGAAGGUGUCAGGUCAAGCUAAACGACUGAAGGUAGAUGUUGAGUCUACAACUGAAAGUACUGAACCUGGUUCAUCUCCUGUUAUCAUUUCUGAAGCACUUGCCAAGUUUUUGGGUACUGCAGGAAGGGAGAUGCUCCAAUCUGAGGCAUUAAGACGUGUUUGGGAGUACAUUAAGGUUAACCGUUUGGAGGAUCCUUUAAACUCGAUGGUCAUAUUAUGUGAUGCACAGCUUCAUGAGCUCCUUGGAUGCGAAAGCAUUUCUGCACUGGGGAUACAGGAGAUGCUAGCACGCCAUCAUUUAUUCAAACGGUCAUGAUGCUUGCUACUGUUGACUGGUGCACGAGACUGUUGGCAUAUAGUCUCUUCUGAUGGUAGAACAGAUAGUGAAGAAUCGUUUUCUUUUUCUGCUCUUUUCUUUUUUCUUUUUUUUGGUGCAUUGACAUGGUUAGAUGAAAUGUUUUAUAUUACUUGGUUAUUUGUGAGAAUGAAUAUGUAAACCAUGGGCCAAUGGCAAGGAGGAUCUCGUAGUUAUGCCAUUGCCCUGGAUUUAAUUUUUCUUUCUCACUUUAUUAUCUUUCUUUCCAUUCAAUGCUAACCUCUGAACUGACUGAAGGGGACUGGUUAGAAUGGUGAAUCCUCUGUACAUCCUUAAGGAUCUUUAUGCGUAUCUUGUUAGAUGGCAGAAGUUGUUGUUGCAUUUAA